AUGCAUGUGAUGGAACAGCCUUAUGUCAACAUUCUCACGCCGGGACAGACGCUCUACAUGCCCGCCGGCCAACUGCAUGUCUCCUUCUCUCCGGAGGCCAGCAUCAUGCACCGUUUCGCCGUAGCAAAUUGGCACGCCUCCGAGUCCGAUCGAAGCGAGGAGCUUUUCUUGUGGAUGCGAAAGCAGAUCAUCAGGCUGAUGUGCCGCGGCAUUUACGAAGCUGAUUACUGUCUCGAUACAAUAGAAUCGCAGCUCAAAGGGUGGAAGAGGGUCUCAAGAAUUGACCGUCGGAGCGAUUACGAAUUCCAGGCCGUCAUUGAAGAACACCACGACUGGGCGAGGGUCAUGCGUAAAAUCUUGGACGAGAAGAAAGCUAACGACGGUGAUGCUUCCCAAUCUCCCGCGAGCGACAAAGCGAACCAGUCGGCAGAGGCGUCAUCGUCUUCAACCAGCAAGAGGAAGGAGCCUCCCGAGUGA